AUGGUCGCGCACAUUGGGCACUCGAAAUGCGAUCACGUUGCGGACAAACUUGACGGCGCGAAACUGCAUCAGAAUCAACCGAAGAGUUCCAUUAAAACACCUUGUUCGAAUAUCGAUGUACAACAACAUGCAGAACAUUCUGUAAACAUACAAGAAGGAGAUCAUGUUAUGGUCGCAAUCAUCAUGGACCCAGAUAUUACAUUUCCGACUGUUGACGCCAGUAUCGCUCAGACAAAAGUGUAUCAAGACGAAGAACAAAUGCUAUCUGACUUAAAUCAAUCUAACGUUUGUGCUCCGCUCGUGGUUAUAUCUUCGACACCGCCUGAGAAUAUUUUAUCGGAGGCUCGCUUACUGCACUUUUUCUGCAUACGUGGAUCGGAAAAAUUGGUUACGCAUCCGAUUGCAACACAUUCCAAAAUGACCUGCAUUAAUUCAGAAGAUCAUCUGCGCAACCAAUUGUACCAAAAACUGGGACAGUACUAUCGAGACAUCGCCUAUCACGCAUUUGCGACGAAUUCUAGAAGUCAAAGAGACAUUGAGUGUUUACUCGAUAAAUCGACUCAAUGCUACAAACUACUCGAAGAUGAUGCUCGUGCGGUACUGAACCGUUAUGCCAAACUGUUGGCCGCAGACUCCAAAUUAAAUCAGUCAAGUAAAAAUUUAAGUCACACUUAA